AUGAAGAUAGACGCAGAGAUUGAAAUGACACAUCUACAAGCCAAAGAAUACCAAGGAUUGCUAGCUGCCACCAAAAGCUGGAAGAAGCACGGAGGAUUCUUCCUAGAGCUGUUGGAAGGAACACAGCCCUGCUGCCAUCUUAGUUUCAGACUCCUGGCUUCCAGAAAUAGACGCGAAUACAUUUCUGUUGUUUUAUGUGACCACGUUGGUCGUCUUAGAAUAAAUAAAGAAAUCACGGCACCAUUGGUCAGAAGGUUGACACAUUUGUUUUACUACUUUGGUGUACAUGAAGCUUCAAGCAAGACUGGACAAGAACGCUUUCUAUUUUCAAUGAAGAUACUUGAUAUGAAAUCAGCAUUCCAUGCUACAACAAAUAGGUCAUCUGUGGAAGGAAAGCAGAGCAGGCUCACACCUCCUGUGGAAGCUAACACUUCUCAGUCUGUACCUGUGGCUACAAAGGCUGUGCUCACUUGCCCUCCUGUCGGCUUAACCAAUGUGCUGAUAAUAAGGUGGGAAAUAAACCUCAGAGACAAGCCUUCCUGCAUUAGAGCCUACAGGAGAGAUAACAAUGAGACCAGUGAAAGGAACUGUACCGACGAGAGAAUAUCCUGGGAGUCCAGACCCGAUCAGAAUCCUGCCCUUCAGAUUGAUCCCGUGGCCACCACUCAUGAUGGAUAUUACAGGUGUGAAGUGGCUGCACCUGAUGGGAAUUUUGGUUUUGGAUAUCACCUCCAAGUGUUAGUGCCCCCCGAGGUGACCCUGUUUCGAGGCAGCAAUGGAACCCUGGUGUGCAGGGCUGCAGGGAAGCCAGCUGCACAGAUCUCCUGGACCCCAGGGGGAGACUGUCACACUGCGGAACAACAGUUGGGCAAUGGCACAGUGACCGUCCUGAGUACAUGCCACUGGGAGGACCGCCAGGUGUCUAACGUGUCCUGCUCUGUCUCCCACGUGACCGGCAACAAGACUGUGUCCUUAGAGCUGAAUCCAGGUGUCAUAACUCUGGAAUUUCCAGCAUCAGCCUUACUGAUCAUUCUCUAUGUGAAAUUCUCUCUAUUCUUGGUUAUCCUGGUCAUUGUGGGAUUCAUCUACUUCCAGAGAAUAAAUGAUUGCAGAGAUUAUGAAACAGACAUAACUUCAGAAGAUAGCAAUCAUAGGUAUAAGAGCAUCUCCAUGAUAGUUCCAGAAGAAUUGCUGGUUAUGUAA